AUGGUGCUCUUUAAGCGCAAGCCGGUACAGUUUGUGCCGCCGCCAGAUAUAGAAGAUGAAUCGCAAGAGGUCUGGCACAUUCCCCAGACGGGUGAAAUCUUUACCUCAUAUGAGGACUAUCUGAAUAGAAUGGACUUUUAUAAGCAGAAACGCUUUAUCUGUACCAUUACGGGCCAUUCGGGCCUCACUUUCUUCGAUGCCCUCGAGAGCGAGACCUCUGAGGGCGCCGAGGUCGACCAGGCAUUCCCUGAGGCCCUCAAAGGCCCCAUCCUCCGCCGUGUCCAGUUUCAGACCGUGUCGCGCAUCGACACAUUGGUGGACCAAAUAUACGAAGAGUUCAAGAAUGACUACUAUCCUGGCGAACAGGUGACGGUGCACAUUCUGGGCGGAGAGCGCCUAAAAGGAGUAGUGCGCGACAAGACCCGCUUCGGUAGUAAGGUUCUGCCGGACGGCUCUCUCACGCAGCCCUUUUCGCGUUACUUUGUUAGCCUGGACGACCGCCCCGACGAGGAAGCCGUUGUGGACGACCAGCAUAUCUUCCGCGACCGCAAGGUCUUCACGAAGUCGGUAUUACGGUCGUUCAUCAAGAAAACGGUCACGCGCGAAGCUUGGAACGGCGCUCCUUGGCUGGUCAAGCACGAUGUCGCCGAGAAGUACCACAUCGACACCCGUAUCCCGGCCCAUCUGCGCUACGACACAAAGCUGCAGGAGCGCAAGCAGCUCCAGGCCCAGAAGAAGCAACAGCUCGCCCAGCAUGCUGCCGAUAAUUCAAUCCACUCUCUGGACCCCUCGAGCCCCACUGGCCCCGUGCGCUUGCCCGAGCUCAAGCCGGCGCCUAAGAGCCACAAGUCCAAGGCUCAGCAGGCGCUGCAGACGCAGAUCACGAUUAAGGGCAAACAUAGUACCUUCGGCGGUCACGAGCCCGGUGGCUUCUACCAUACCCCUUUACCCGGCAACCCCUUCCAGUUCCCGCUCGACUUCCGCGGCCAAGUGCCCACAUUGCCGAGCCUCACGAAUCGACCGCGCGAACCGACACCCCCGCCUCCUCCUCCACCGCCGCCGAAGUACCCGAUCGAAGACCUUCAGGUCGAGUCUCGCGGUCUGGUCCGGCCGCAACUCAAGUACCUAUGUCGCGACAUCCCUGUCGAAGAUGUGGGUCCCGAGGCCGCCCCGAUUCCGUACAGCGACAAGCUGCUGAUGAAGUCGGUCGGUCCGUUAUUGGAAACGUGGGAUACGCUCAACGUGUAUUGCGAGAUCUUCAAGCUCGACUCAUUUACCUUUGACGACUAUGUCGAGGCAAUGUGUGUCGCAUCGAAGGAGACGCCAAUUCAGUUGUUUGAUGAGAUCCAUUGUGCGGUGUUGAAGAUUCUUGUCAGCUCCGAGGCUGAGGGCGGGAAAGUGCAGAUCCAGCUGCCGGAGCUGGAGGACGAGGACGAGGAAGAUGACGAGGAAGAGGAGGAGAGCGCGGCACCCACGCCGGAGCCGGAGCCCCAGCCGACCGGCCGCGCUACCAGGAGUAGUCUGGCUAGGCGCGAGGCCGAGCGAUUGGCGGCGGAGAAGGCUGCGGCAGAAAGGCAAGCCCAGGAGGCCGCGAAUGCGCCGAAGCAUCGUGCCGAGGAAGUGCUCAAGGGAUAUGACUGGAUUGAGCAUCUGCGCAAGCGUGACUUCCGCGAUGGCGGCUGGCAUUUAAUCAUGGUCGGAUUGCUGCAUCAGCUGUCGAAGAACGAGCGCCUCAAGGAGCGCUGUGAGGAGCUUCUUCAGCAGUUGGUGCCGGCCGAGGAGAAGGAGCCUAGCCGCGACACCGUGAACCAUCGGUAUAUGACCAUGGAUGUCAACUACCGUGUGCAGGCGCUGCAGAUCAUCUGCAUGCUCACCGCUGAGACGAAGGCUAUUCGUGGGUACAUGGAGGAUUGCAGCGAGCAGAUGACGGCGUAUCGCAAGGAAAAGAUCGAGUGGCAGAGGAAGCGGAAGCAACUGAUCGAGGAGCUCAAGGCUCUCAACGACCAGCGCAAGAUCCUCUUGCCCGACAACCUGCCCCCCAGCCCGCCGCUGGAACCUGCUAAUGCUAAUAAGACUAAUGGGGACGUCAAGAUGUCCGAUGUCGAGGACCUGCCGGCCAACACGUCUGCCGACGAGGUCCCAGACUCAGAAGAUGAUCUUGCUCGCAAGCUGCGCCGCGGCCAGGACCGCGCGGCCGAACGCAAACGCAAGGCCGAGGAGCAGCAAAAAGAAAGGAGGGAGAAAGCCGAAGCUGCGGCCAAGCAGCCUAAGCAGUCAAAGCAGUUCCAAAAAGUGCUCCGCGACAUUGAGAAGAAGGAGGCCGAGAUCGCCGAGUGCGAGCGCGAGAUUGCCGUCAUCGACAAUGAUCUCCGUGAGGCCGAUUGCCCGCGCACGAGGGUUUUGGGCAAGGAUCGGUUCUGGAACCGGUACUACUGGUUCGAACGCAACGGUAUGCCCUAUGGCGGUCUCCCCAACAGCUCGACGGCCUCGGCUGGCUACGCAAACGGAUGUAUUUGGGUGCAGGGCCCCGACGAGCUCGAACGCAUCGGCUACAUCGACAUGCAGCCCGAGUGGCAGGAAGAGUACCGGGCGAAGAUGGGCAUGACGGUUCCUGAACGUAAGCGCCAAGAGGAAGGGAAGACCAGUGUUUUCAAUGCCUGCCAGUGGGGAUACUACGAUACGCCGGAGGACGUGGAUGCCCUGCUGGCGUGGUUAGAUCCACGAGGUGUGAAUGAGCUGAAGCUGCGCAAGGAGCUUGUCAACUAUCGGGAUAAGAUUGUCAAGAACAUGGAGAACCGUAAGGCGUAUUUGGAGCUGGCUAACAAGAAGGAAGAGGAGGAGAAGAAGCGGGAGGAGGAAGAGCGGAGGAAGAAAGAGGAGGAGGAGAAGGAGAAGGAGAAAGCUGCUGCCCAAACGAACGGAGCAACGGGCAAGAGGAUGACUACUCGCGGCCGGACCCAGCAACAACAAAAGGAGCAGCAGAAGGAACAACAGCAGGAACAGCCGCCGCCGUACCGCUGCAUGAAGUGGGUGAACACGAUGGCGAUCGAGGAAAUUGGACAUUUGCAUAGCGCCGAGCCCGUACCGAGGACUGGUGGGCGGAAUCGGAAGCCGAGCAAUAAGAAGAGGGAGCAGCAAGAGGCGGAGGUCGAGGCUGUCCAGGGUAGGAGUAAGAGGGGGAAGAGGUGA